AUGCCCUCCCUCCACGAAGAAUCAGGCUUGAGAUUUCUUUUUUACUCUUCCGACCUAGAUGAACCUCCUCAUGUUCAUGUCGAUAAAGAAGGUGGCACUCUAAAAAUAAUUGAUAUGAAUUUAAGAAAACAGGUAAAAUUAAGAAGUAAUCCAGUAAUUAUGUCUAAGGAGGAAGUUUUUGCUUCCGCAGUCCCAGAAGCCUAUCCUCUAAUAAUGAAAGUAGAAGUCUCUAAGGAAGAGAUUACUGCCUUUUUAGAGGAUGGUCGUAAAGUCAGUAUCCCUACUGAUUGA